AGGAAAGAAUACUCCUUUCAAUAUUCAAAGUUUAAUUAGAAGAUAAAAAAAUACACCGCCAAAUAUUGGCCCAAAACUUGUUACUUAGUGCAACUUCUAGUAUAUCCCCCAACAUGUGAUGAUCACAUUACGUUUCUUCUUCGUCUUUCUUCCUUAAUCAAAUAGUACUAAGAACAAGAAGAAGAGAAAGAACUUACUCAUUCCAGACUGUCCAGGCUGACACCAUGGCUGCACCCUACACAUACUCAAAACCUCUCUUGUUAGUAUCAUGUUUGUUUAUCUUUCUCCUCUUCUUCUCCCAAUACAUGGCCAAAAUCCCAAGCCAGCUUAUCAUUUUCUCGUUAUCUUCUUCUACUACAAAUAGUAGCAGUAGUAGUAUUAUUACUACUACUAAUACUACAGUCAGUGGGAACAAUACAAAAACCAACUAUACAACUCAGCCAGAAGUACUUUCUCUAGACACUUUCCUUUCAAGCCCUGAUUAUCCAAACAUAGCUGAUCUCCAAAAAAGGCAGAGUAAUUUGGAUAAACUUGAGCAUGGUUUGGUUAUGGCUCGAGCAGCUAUUCGUGAAGCCAUUGUCUCUAAAACUUAUAAAUCAGAGAAAGCUGAGAGCUUUGUCCCAAGAGGAUCUAUAUACAAAAAUUCAUAUGCUUUUCAUCAGAGUCACAUAGAGAUGGUGAAGAGGUUUAAAGUGUGGAGCUACAAGGAAGGAGAGCCCCCAAUAUUCCAUAUGGCACCAGUGAACAACAUAUAUGCCAUAGAAGGACAAUUCAUGGAUGAAAUAGAGAGUGAAAAGAGCCCUUUCAGGGCUACAAAUAUUGAGGAGGCACACACAUUUUUUCUGCCCCUGAGUGUAUCUAAUAUAGUCCAAUUUAUUUACAAUCCUAUCCGUUCCAAAGCUGAUUACAACAGAGAUCGUCUGUUUAGAGUUGUGAAUGACUAUGUUGAGGUUGUCACCAAUAAGUAUCCCUAUUGGAAUAGGAGCAAUGGUGCUGAUCAUUUCAUGGUCUCUUGUCAUGAUUGGGCACCAGAAAUUUCUCAUGGCAAUCCUGAAAUAUUCAACAACUUGAUAAGAGGCCUCUGCAAUGCAAAUACCUCCGAAGGAUUUCAGCCCAAUAGAGAUGUCUCAAUACCUGAACUUAACUUGCCCCCUGGAACUUUAGGCCCACCAAAUUUGGGCCUGGCUCCUAGUAAUCGCUCAAUUUUGGCCUUCUUUGCAGGUGGAGAACAUGGGUAUGUGAGGAAGAUCUUAUUCCAACAUUGGAAGGACAAAGACAACGAAGUUCAAGUCCAUGAAAAGGUUUUGGGGCCCCAAGGUUACACUGUCUUAAUGGGCCAAAGCAAGUUUUGUUUGUGCCCAAGUGGGUAUGAAGUUGCAAGCCCAAGAUUGGUGGAGUCAAUCAAUGUAGGGUGUGUGCCAGUGAUCAUCUCUAGUAAUUACUCACUACCUUUCAGUGAUGUACUUGACUGGAGCAAAUUUUCAAUACAUAUUCCAGUUUCGAAAAUACCAGAAAUUAAAAGCAUCCUAAAAGGGAUCUCUAAUGAGGAGUACCUUAAAAUGUAUAAGAGAAUUUCAAAAGUUAAGAGGCAUUUUAUGGUUAAUAGGCCAGCCCAACCCUUUGAUGUGAUCCACAUGGUGCUUCACUCAAUUUGGUUGAGGCGACUAGACUUUAAGCUUAAUCUUGAAUCUUGAAUAGUUAAACUUGAGAUUCAACUUAUUUUUGUUGACAUUUUUGUUUGUUUUUAAGGUUACAAUUGAAUUUAUAACUUGUAUAGUGUUAAAAUAUAAUCAGUUUUAUAUUUUGUUCUUUCCCUUUUUACCCUUUUGGACAGUUGUCCAUUCUUUAUGUGAUACUUUAUUGUUCUUAUAUAUACUCUGU